AUGUCAAACCGUCUUUGGUCAACAGUACUGCUCAACGACGUGCCCCCCGAGCACCCCCUGCCAGGUUUCAUCGAGCGCAUCACGCUGGGUCUCAGUCAGCAUCUCGGGAUCGAUGAACCUCCCCCGCCGCACUGGUGGAAGCACCAAUGCGUAUCCUACCAGGCCAACAACGAUCACUCUCAAGUGAUAGACGUCACGGCCAACAUCAUGCUUCCGCAGCCCAAUGGUUGCGGGAGCCCGCUCUUCUUCACGAUCAAUCUGGUAUCCGCGCUUGUUUUCGACCGCUUGCGCAACGUUCAGUUCCACGCGUCGCGUGCGGUGUACGAGGAUAUGCUCGGGCUGCAUCAGAUCUUCUCUAGCGAGGUCCGGCGUAAAUGGGAAGAGGCAAGCGCUCAGGCGCGUCAGGCUCAGCUGCACCAACACGAGCUGCGUCAAGAGCAACUCCGUCAAGAUCAACUGCAUCAAGAAAAAAUGCGCCAGGAUCAGCUCCGUCAAACCCAGCCCCGUCAAGAUCAGCCCCGUCAAGAUCAACUGCAUCAGUUUCAAGUUCACCAGCCUGUCGCAGUUCAGCCGGAUAACGAUAAAGCCACAGUGUCUUGGGAGUGCUCUUCAUGCGACGUUCCGUUCACCGAGCGUGUUUCUCUACCAGAGGAUGGACAUGCUAUUCCUCAGGGCGGAACACCGUGUGUCUGCGGAUCCGAAUCGUACUGUGACCCAUGCAUAUCCAAAAAGGCCCCUCGUUUCUGUGCUCGCUGCGGAUCUCCUUGCUGCGACGACUUCCGCUGCAUAUCAAGAGACGAGUGCACGGAGUGCGGUGCAGCAGACAACAUGUGCUCCAAGUGCCGCGACGAGAAUGAUGAGCAUCCUAUCAAGGACCUGGACGACUCGGAAGAGCUCACGACCAUCACGUACAUGUGCCCGCGUUGCGACAGAGAGUUUUGCAACCGGUGUUCUACUGUCAGCAGAUAUGCGAAGGUCAUGGUUGCGAUGCCCCGAUUUGUUUUGAGUGUCUUGCAUCGUCGAGAGCGUUACGGACAGCCUCAGCCUCAGCUAGCCAGCUCUGCCAAGCACACGACACGGCACCUGUCGACCGCAUAUAAGAGCGUCUUUCGUGCGUCUGUGAUUGGCGACAACCCCUCCGUUGAAUCCGUCAUGUACACCAAAGCACUCUUCGUUCUCGCUUUCUCAGCCUUAGCCGCGUCCGUCUCUGCGACAGCACCAGCGCCGAAGAUCACCCCCGCACCUUCCCUCAAACGCGAUUCCCCAACAUGCGGCUCCGACCCGGGUGCAUGGGUGCGGAGAUGCCUCGUCGACGCAAACGAUAGCAACGGCAACGCGUGCUCAGAGAACGACUUCACAUGCCUCUGCAACCAGAUCAACGCCAACGGCAACUUCGCCAUCUCCGAAGGCCGGUGCGUCUCGGACGGGUGUUUCAACAACCCCGGCGGCGGUGGCGGCUCGGCGGGGUACAGCUCGGCGUCGUCGUAUCAGGCUUCUUUCUGCUCUUCGGCCAUCGCAACUCCGUCCGGCACCGUUGUGACUUCGUCGCCGGCACCUACGUCUAGCGCUUAA